CCGAAAAUGGCAAAUUCACUUGAAAAGGUUACAGCCACUUACUCUACACUUCUCCAACGCCUGGCCAAAACAUCCACAAAUUACAAAGCUCUCGACGAGUUUUUAGGAAAGGCAACCGACCAUUCUUCUCAGACCCCAGCCAAAUUCACAGUUGUGCAUAUCCCCUCGGGACUCCCAAUCUCUCCUGGGAUCCAAUUCGACCAAUUUGAAGGGACUGCAAAUUUAGCACAAGAGCUAGAACAACCAGAAGGAAAAGAGUCGUGCCGGCUAUUCAUUGUCGAGAAUGUGUGCGCUCAGGCAAUAAAUAUCUUAGGCGAGAAGUUUGACAUCGAUCCCCAGUUCUUUGCAGACCACUUGAAUAAUGAGCCUUGGUACCGGAUUGCGAAUGUCGCAGAACGAAUCCCGGCCCUCCCAUCUACUCAGAAAAGCCACGACUUUCUUCAAUUGCGGUAUAUUGAGCCAAGGCAAGUCUCGAAUCACCCAGACUUGUUUCAUGGAAACCACCCUUUUGUUGUACACAAAGAAAAUGCGGACAUACCAGAUGAUGAGUCUGUCGCUUCAGAUGCGAAGAGUUUUAUGAAACCUGAUGAGACUACAACGAGGAUACCUAGAAAGGCUGGGAAGUUGACACCGAGAGUUCGAAAAGGGAGAGAGUUUGAGCCAUUAUUAUGCACAAGACAAGUGAUUACCGUUUGGUUCAAGAAGACUGAAGGAGGAUCAAAGGGGUGGACCGGAGUAAUACUUCUUGAUCCCCCGUUCACGCUCCCGCCAGGAAAUAUCUAUUGCGAGCCAGCUGGCCACCGCAGCUUUAACCGACGAGCAAGUCUACUUGACGAGGCAGAAGACACCAUUCCGCCAACUUCAAACCGCGAGGCACUUGCAGGCCAUCUCAACGAACGAUUUUCCAACAACCCCUCACUUCUCGAAAGUGCAAAAUCAGAUUGUUUCUUCAUACUCGGAGAUGUUUACCGCCUCGUGGCUUCGAACUGGAUUGUAAUCAACGAGUAUGUGAACCGCGAGCUCGCAACAAUAGAAUAUAUCCUGGAGAAGGAGGAGCCUACUUUCCGAGAUCUGGAGAUCUAUUUGAAGGAUUUAUAUAUCUAUAGGAGAAGGGUUACAAGAUAUCACGAACUUAUAACCCAAGCGAAAGAGCAGUGUACAACGAGAGGUCAGGUUAGUUGGUCACGCGAUCAAAUCUCACCGAUCUCGCUUGAACAUGCCCAAGACAUGGAAGCAGACUUCAUCUACCUGCAAGACAAGGUUCUCGCCACAUCUCGCCGAACUGAGAAGAACAUCGACCUCCUCACUGCCCUCGUCUCCAUCGGAGAAGGUAAACAAGCGCUCGAUGAGAAUCAUGCAUUAGCGAGGUUGAGUUUGUUAGCGACAGUGUUCUUGCCGUUUUCUACCGUGGCGACGAUUUUUAGUAUUCAGGGAGGGUAUGGACCUGGGGAAGGAAUGUUUUGGCUAUUUUGGGCAAUUGCAAUUCCAUUGACGUGCUUGAUACUUGUUCUGAGUGCGUUGUACUACGGGAUUGGGGUUUCCAUCCUAGGGAGAAUGGUGAGGACUCUGAAAUUAAGAAGGCGGUGAAACCUCAGAAGAGAGUUAUUGAACCAGAUAUAUCUAUCGUACCGUAUGUAGGAUCUAUCGCC